UAUGGCCGUCGUCGUUUUGCGCUAAAGAAAAAUACACUCAAUAAAUAAUUUAAAUUAUCAGAUUUUAUACAUUGCAAAUCAAUUAAAUCAAACAAAAUUCCGACAAAGUCGUAUCCAGCUAAAUACUCCUGAAAAUGGGAGAUCCUUUGAGCGCGGAUGUGUGGAAGAAUUUCCAAAAAUCUGGCAGAACUGAAUUGCUAAAAUAUCUAAAAGAUUCUAUUAAGGAAGGCGACAGUCCAGUGUUCACAAAGGACAAUGACUUCAAGAAAAAUAAUUCCAAAGUUAUUUAUGAUUUUGUAUGGCAAGCCAUCAAAGGCAAUUUGAAGAAGGAAGUUAUGAUAUCCACGCUCGGAGAAGUUGUUACCAUGCAUCCUGAUUAUCCAUCAGUGAUAUUAGACAUAAUGAACAUUAUAGAUGCAGAGACUUCGCUGGCCAGCGAUAGUGCUCAAGAUGAGCGAACUUUAUUCUGUCAGAUUCUCAAGACGAUGGAAAAAAUAAUUCCAGAAUCACUAAUCAAGGAACGCAUAGAAAUUGACACGCUUCAAGAAGCGGGAAUUGUUAAGAAUAAGAUUUUUUAUACAAAAUUUAUAAAAAUCAAGACAAAGCUUUAUUACAAGCAAAGACGGUUUAAUCUUUUUCGCGAAGAGAGCGAGGGUUAUGCUAAGUUGAUAACAGAAUUAAAUCAAGAUUUUACAGAUGAUGUUACCCCAAAUAGUAUUAUGGACAUAAUUAAAUCCCUGAUUGGUUGUUUCAAUUUGGAUCCAAAUCGAGUCUUGGACAUAAUUGUCGAAUCAUUUGAAACACGUCCCGAACGUCAUUCACUAUUUAUACCCCUUCUGAGGCUUUACAUGCCCAAUGGAUCAAUUAUUUGUGAAGUUUUAGGUUAUAAAUUUCGACAUUUUGCUGAUAGUGAAACACCACCAUCAUUAUUUCAAAUUUGUGCAUUAUUGCUCAAGCAUGGCGUCAUUGAUCUUCAAGAUAUUUACAUUUGGCUUAAUCCAUCUGAUAAGUCAAUUGCUGCCGAUUGGGAAAAAGAUUUGGUAGAUGCAAAAGAAUUUGUUCGAAAAUUAAACGUCAUCAUAACCAACAAGGACAAAGAACCAGAACCUGAACCAGAAAAAGAUGACAGUGAAGAUAAAUAUUCAACAAAUCAAAAAUUCGGACUCUGUGAAGGUUUGCUUCGAGUUGGCGAUUGGGAGAAUGCCAAGAAAAUAAUCAAAAGACUCCCCGAACAGUCUGUGAUUGUUCAUGAGCCCAUUGCUAAAGCCCUUGCAACACUCAUUCAUAUAUCAAUUGAUCAUAUCUACACAAAGAAGGUUUUCAAAUCUGCCACUAAUAGAAAGACCAAACUACACGACGAUAGAGAAUUGGUCGAUGCAAUUCAAGCACGAGAAUUCUCCCAACUACGUGAAAUUGCCUUCCCCAUGGCCAUAACUCUGGGUCCUUCGUUGCGAUUUGACACCGUUCUCAUGUACAAACUUAUACGAAUAUUACGUACCAUAAUAUUAGAUAUGGGAGUUGAUAGUUUAAAUUGCCCACCAACCAAUACAGAGGCUGAAAAAUUAUACUUUGAAGUGAUUACAAUUUUGGACGCAUCCAUAUUGCCGGCAUUUUCAUAUUUAGAUUGUAAUUGUUGUAUGGCUGAGGAGAUAUGGACAGUUGUUAAGGUGUUACCUUAUCAUUUUCGUUACAGUAUAUACUCACGUUGGAAGAAUGAAACGUUCUUAGUUCAUCCGCAAUUGAUUCGUCGUCGUGGUAAUGCUCAAAAGCAAAUCAAAUCUCUUAUGAAACGUGUCAGCAAGGAGAAUGUUAAACCUGUUGGUCGACUUAUUGGAAAGCUUAGUCAUUGUUCUCCCGGAUUUCUUUUUGACUAUAUAUUGCUACAAAUACAAAUCUAUGAUAAUCUUAUUGGUCCAGUUGUGGACUCUUUGAAAUACUUAACAUCCCUUUCCUAUGAUAUGCUUGCCUAUUGCCUAAUUGAGUCUCUAGCUUUGGCCGAUCGAGAUAGAUUCAAACACGAUGGAACCUCAAUAUCAGUUUGGUUGCAAAGUCUAUCGAGUUUUUGUGGAGCGAUAUUUAAAAAGUACAAUAUUGAGUUGAGUGGUUUGCUGCAAUACGUAGGCAAUCAGUUAAAAGCUCAAAAGAGUUUGGAUCUUUUGAUUCUUAAAGAAAUUGUUCAAAAAAUGGCCGGUGUAGAAUCAGCUGAGGAAAUGACAAAUGAACAACUAAACGCAAUGUCUGGUGGGGAAUUGUUAAGGGGAGAAGCGGGCUAUUUCAGUCAAGUUCGCAAUACAAAGAAAUCUUCACAACGCCUCAAGGAAGCCUUAGCAAACAACGAUCUAGCUGUAACAUUGUGUUUACUUAUGGCCCAACAAAAACAUUGCGUUAUUUAUCGAGAAACAGCUCAGAGUCAUUUGAAGUUGGUUGGAAAGCUCUACGAUCAAUGUCAGGAUACAUUGGUACAAUUUGGUACUUUCCUUGGAUCUACAUACUCAGUAGAUGAAUACGUUGAAAGACUGCCUUCAAUCAUUGCCAUGUUGCAGGAAUAUCAUAUUAAUUCUGAUGUGGCUUUUUUCCUUGCCCGUCCAAUGUUCUCGCAUCAAAUUAAUCAAAAAUAUGAUCAACUUCGUAAGGCUGAUCCUAAUGCCAAAAAGUUGACCACCAAUCAGAAGCUACAAAAAUACCUAGAAGCAACAACAGCCAUUAUGAAUCCAAUUGUUGAAUCUGUGCGUCCUUUGCAUGGGCCAAAAGUCUGGGAAGACAUUAGUCCACAAUUUUUGGUGACAUUUUGGUCACUAAGUAUGUAUGACCUUCAAGUGCCUACAGAUGGUUAUCAAAAAGAGAUAACAAAAUUAAAACAUUUAUCUGUUGCAGCUGCUGAUUCUAAAGAUUCGAACCUAUCAAAGAAUAAAAAAGAACAGGAGCGUUACAUAGCACUCAUGGAUAAACUUCAAGAUGAGAGGAAAAAACAACAAGAACAUGUAGAUAAAACAAUCCAGAGACUGACUCAGCAAAAAGAUAAUUGGUUCCUUUCGAGAUCCGCUAAGUCGGCGAAAAACGAAACAAUUACACAAUUUUUGCAACUUUGUUUGUUUCCGAGGUGUACUUUUACUGCCCUUGAUGCGCUUUAUUGUGCAAAAUUCGUUCACACCAUUCACAAUCUGAAGGCGGCAAAUUUUUCAACUUUACUUUGUUAUGAUAGGAUAUUUUGCGACAUAACAUAUUCAGUUACAUCGUGUACUGAAAAUGAAGCAACACGUUAUGGUAGAUUCUUAUGCGCAAUGCUUGAGACUGUUAUGAGAUGGCAUUCGGAUCAGGCUACAUUUAAUAAAGAAUGUGCCAACUAUCCUGGUUUUGUUACAAAGUUCCGCGUUAGUAAUCAGUUUUCUGAGGCAAAUGAUCAUGUGGGAUAUGAAAACUACCGCCACGUAUGCCACAAAUGGCAUUAUAAAAUUACCAAAGCCAUUGUUUUCUGUUUGGAUUCAAAAGAUUACAUGCAAAUUCGUAAUGCAUUAAUUAUACUCAUGCGUAUCCUGCCUCAUUAUCCAGUUCUAGCUAAACUUUCACAGAUCAUCGAACGAAAAGUUGAAAAGGUUAGAGAGGAAGAAAAAAGUAAUCGUCCAGAUUUGUUUGUAAUUGCAUCGAGUUACAUUGGUCAAUUGAAACACAGAGCCUCUCACAUGAUAAAAGAAAGUGAUUUCCAUCAGGUAUCUGAGAAACCAGUUAAAGAAGUUCCCGAAGCAAAGACUGUUGCUAAUGGCGAUGCUAAAGUUGAAAAACGAGAAAAAGAAAGAACUGAGAAGAAAGUCAUAAAGGUAAUAUCCACUACAGCCUCCACAACAAACAAUGAAAAAGAAGCUCGAACUGAAGUGCCUGAACGUGUGUCGGAACGUCCCGAGCGUAUAGAACGCCCUGAGCGAGUAGAACGUCCGGAACGUGUGGAACGUCCAGAGCGAGUAGAACGCCCCGAGCGCAUAGAACGCCCCGAACGUAUAGAACGUCCCGAGCGAAUAGAACGUCAAGAUCGACCAGAACGCGCCGAGCGCGUAGACCGAACGGCGCGAGCUGAACGAACAGAACGCGUAGAACGUUUGGAAAUCAAAGAUGAAAACAACGACCGUGAACAUCGAACGGCUAAAGAAGUGAAAAAGGAAGAACGCUCUCGUGAGAAGGAACGUGGUGACCGAGAAGAGGAGCCCCGUAAACGCGACAAGGAAAAGAGAAGAGACUACCGCCUUGAGUCCCCCAGUGUAGUUGAAGUGAUCGACAAACAUGGCGCAACAAUAGACUACUACGAGUACGAGACCAAGGACCAUGAACGUGAGAGGGAUCGAGAUCGUGAUCUAAGUUCUGUUUCGAAUUCCAGCAAUGGAUCGCUGCACCGCCGAAGUCAAGAUAUACUUGAAUAUGAAAAAGACUCUAAACGUCGCAAACUGGAUUCAGUUAGUUCAAAGAAACAACAAGAAGAACCUAUUGAAACCUCAAAGAAAGAUCGUACAUCAAAGUUGAAAGAUCGCAAAGACAAGAUGACCGAAGAGGAGAAGGAUGCACGUAAAGAACGAAAGCUUGGUCGUAAAAGAGAACGUUUGGAGGAGAGUUCAUCGGGUGAUCACAAGCGAAGACGUGAUGUACAAAAUGGAGACGACGAUAUAAGAGACAAAUAUCAUCUCAGGGAAAAAUCACCUCAUGUACGCGAUGCCCGAGAAAGAUCGCAUGAAAAAUUCGAAAGGGACAAAGGGCAGUAUGGGUUCUCAAAAUCAUCAAGAUCAAGAAUAAACUAUUAAAAUUAGUUUUAUUCAUUUAUUUGAAAAAAAAAGAAAUGGAAAGGAAUUCUAUUUUAGGAUACGAGAGUAAAAUUUUUAAAUUAAAAACAAAAAUAUAUAAAUAAAGAAUAGUUUUUAAGAUAAGUCAAAACAAAAACUAAA